AUGAAACUUAUAGUUUGCAAUGAACUUCAAAGUAUAGAUACAACAAAAGUUUUGAACUCAGAUGCUUUGAAGAGUCUUAUAACAGACAAAGUUGGAGUUGUUGAAAGAAAGUAUAAAGACCAAAGAGUUUGUGAGAAUGUUGCAAACUUCAUUAUGGUUUCAAACAAUGCUGUUCCGAUGAAGUUAGAAAGUUCUGACAGAAGAUAUGUAGUUGUCAGAACGUCAGAUUCUCAUAUGCAAGAUACAGAAUAUUUUGACGACUUAGCAGAAACUUUGACAUCUGACUUUUACAACCACUUGUUCUCAUAUUUCAUGACAUUAGAUAUUUCUAAGUUCAAUCCAAGACAAAUUCCACAUACCGAAGAGAGACAAACAUUGUUAGAAGCAAACAAGAGUGUAUAUGAACUGUUCAUAGAAGAAAGCGACUUUGAGUGUUUAGAUGAAAAGUCUUUAUAUGAUGAAUAUAAACAAUAUUGUCAAGAAUAUGGUUAUAUGGCAGCUUCUAAACGUACAUUCUUGGCAAAUGUCAAAAGUCUUUUAGACGUACAGAAUGGUGUAUAUACAAAGAAAAAUUUUUCUGAGUAA